AUGAGCCGGUAUUUGACCCCAGCAAAGAUUACGGUGCUGGUGCUCGUUCUGCUCUAUACAGAGGAUGUAGUUCCGACCAAAGAAGCCACAGCCGUGUUAUCUUUCAUCCUCUCUCAGAUUGUUCCGUCAACCAAGCAUUCUCCAUUGUUCCGGGACAGCACAGAUUUCGAGCAUGCUCUUCCAAUAGCUGAAUUCGAAGCCACAUUGUCGUCCCGUCCGUCUGCAAGACCCGGCAGGACUCUAUUUGAUUUACUGCUGAAGAGACUAUGGGCGAUUGAUUGCUCUCAUGCGCUCGACGCCUUCAUCACAUAUCUCCCUUCGCUUCUGACAAAGUCCCGAGAGCAGCUCCUAAGGGACCGCGAAAGUGGAGAAGAAUCUGAGGAAAUCCCUGGACGCAUUCUCAGAACAUCCCCCUUGGGCGCUUUCAUUCGUCGCUGUCAUUUGGAAUAUACCAGACUGCAGUUCCAGGACAGCAUCACUCUCUGGCAGGAUUUCAUUUCUUACAGACUCCCGACUCGCGAGGCGUAUGAGAAGAAGAACCACGCGGGCAGCAGAAAUGCCCUUGACUCGAACCUCGCAGAUCUGGGACUCGAUUCGUCGCACCCUUUGGCCCAGUUGAUGUACGGAAGGCUUGCUGAAGACGAGCAAAAGUAUCAUGGCGCAUACAGCAUGUACGAUGUCGAAAAAUUGAUGGAAUUUCAAGUCUCUGAAAUCCAGCGUGUCGGCGGGAGACUACCUGACGGCAUGAAAUUGAAGCUUCAACAAAUGUCCAAAGCUGGUACUGUCAUCCCAAAAUUGGGGAAUUAUCUCAACUUCCUUGAUGCAUGGCGGGCUGGGGACUAUUACUCUGCCUUUGACAAUUUGCACAGAUACUUUGAUUACGCCAUGCAGACACGAGAGAGAGCAAUAUAUCAAUACGCACUGCUCAACCUUGCUAUUCUUCAAGCAGACUUCGGGUGUCACGCUGAAGCACUUUCUGCGAUGCAGGAGGCCAUCGCCACCGCUCGAGAAAACAAAGACACCACAUGCCUCAAUUUCUGCAUGAGCUGGGUAUACCAUUUCGGGCGAUCUUUCCCCGGCGGAAUGGACGCCAUACGCGAUAAUGGCAUUCUUGGCAGCGAAGUCGAGGGCCUUGCAUUUCUCAAAUCACGGGCUAAAGAUGCGGAGAUGUGGAGUCUCUUGGGCACGACACUGUUGAGUGAGGCGAAGCUUGGUAUGCAGUACGGAGACAGCCUUGCCGGCGUAUUUGAAAACAUUGCCAAAGCAUCGUAUCUUAGCGUCGUACGGUCAACCCAGAGCACCACAGGGCCGAUGCUACUCAUCAAAGGUGCCGCAUUCAGCAGAAUUGGCCUUGGUCAUCUUAGCUGGUUCUGUGGACAAGUCUUUAUGCAGUGCCAUUCCAAGGACGCUCCGAUCGAAGAUCUGUUCAAAAACUAUUGUCGGAUCGCCGGGCUUUUGGUCCAACGUGGCAGAUAUGCCGAAGCUGAACAAAUGCUGGACAAUAUUCCGUCGCAUGUGCAUCGGCGAAUGAAGUUCCAAAAUUCCCUGAACUUCUACUCCAGCUUGUUGAGGGUUCGCAGGCUGAUACAUCGGGACGAUCUCGAUGCUGCCGAGCACUUGCUCGAUCGACUGAGCGGACAAGGGGCACCGGAUGUGAAAGUUGCAUUUUCGCUGUCACUGCUUGAGAUUGAGCUGCUCAUCCGUCGAGGUAGUCUCGACCAGGCUCUUGAAAAGGUUGAAGAUUUGGCACAGGGAGCGGAUCAAAGCCAUGAAGUCAACGACAUCGCCGUGCAGACCCGGCUGCUGAACCUCAAAGCACGAAUCUUGAUCGAGAGCCGACACUCGCUCAAGGCCUUCUCGCUUGUCAUGCGCGCAGCACAGAUCUCGUAUCGAGGAAGAAUCCUUCCCUCGUUAUGGACCUCGAUCUGUCUCCUUGCCACAAUUCUCAACGACCUCCGCGAGUUCUCCGCCACUGCCGACUUUCUGCAGUCGGCAAUGCCUCAAGUCUUGGAAUGUCACGACUGCGAACUGGCCGCCCACUGCUACUCCGCGCUCGCAGAUGCAAACAUGGGUCUCGCGGGUGCAUCAUCGGGACCAGACAAGUCUUCUGCGACCAAGCAAAAGGAGCUCAUUAACAAGGCAAUGGAGAAUAUCGACCAUGCGCAUGCCCAAUAUAGGUACAUUGAAGAUUUACAGGGCCAGCUGGAGAUGUUGAAGAAGAAGGCAACGAUUAUGCACUGGAGAGGGGAUUUGGUGUUGGCAAAUGAUACGGCGACGCAGUAUUUGGGACUGAAGAAGGAAUACAACGCCCAGAAUGUCUAA